CACCACACCUCGUCAUUGUGAAGAUGCUGAGCACUAGAGCGGUGUCCACGCCGCGAGUGUUGGGAUUGAUGGCAGGGCAGUGGCAGUGUUGGACUAGCGCCAGCCAGCGAGCGUAAAGACUAGGGAGGUGGAGCCGCACGGGGUAGGCCCACGAGGAGUAGGUAUAUAAGACUGCCCAUUCGGCGCUUUCAACAGCUCCUGUUCUUUCCCACCAACAACUACUUUCCACAUUUCCACCAACACACCAACACCCAACACCCAACAACUACUUUCAAAAUGCAGACCGUCAAGGACACCGUCAACUCCGUCACUGAGUCCGUUCAGCAGGCCACCUCUGGUGCCUCCAAGGAGGCCAACAAGAACGUCGCCAAGGACUCCGACGCUUCGCUCUCCACCCGAGCCACCGCUGCCAAAGACGCUGUGGGAGACAAGGCCGAUGAGAGCAAGCACGAUGCGAAAUCGGAAGCAUACUCACAGAAGGCCCAGUCGUAGGAGGUUCCCAGGACCUUCCCGGACGUUUUGGCCUUGAACCGAGGCGAUUUUAUGCAGAAAUGAA